CAACCGCUCCGCACAGGAUCGCUCCGACCCCUGAGAAGCCUGUUGAUGGCGAGUCGGAAGACUGCUACAAAUGCCAUCUCUGUAGUCCGAAGUCGUGCAAAGACACGAUCCUGCGCCUUCGCGACGGCCUCUCUCUUCCAAUUCCACAGGACGUGCUGCAUCGGAGCCGUUCAACAAUCACGAAGCGCUGUGAGGGGGCGCAGACUGCUGAGUAAAUCUGCAAACGGUAGAUCUGGGCCAUCUGAGGCCAUGGCGAGAUCCGCUCCUCCCCAUUGCUCUGAUCAAGCCGUGGAGCGAACAUACGAAGAUGCUUUGAGAGUCAUUUCCAGUCGCAAAAGACAUGCAAGACCGCAAGCCUCCAACACGACAAUUGCAACAGUGAUCGGAAAACCGCAGGACACGCCCGACCUCAGAGGAACUCCGAGCAUUGUAGGCAUGUCUGAAUGGCUGCGAAUGCUUGGCCACAGUGACGAAAAUAUCAAUUCCUUGAACAUCAUCCAUGUGGCUGGCACGAAAGGCAAAGGAAGUACGUGUGCAUUUGCCGAAUGCAUUCUCCGAUCGCACGGCACUCGCACAGGCUUUCCAAAGAAAACUGGUCUUUACACCUCUCCACAUUUGAUGAAACCUGAGGAGCGGAUACGCAUCAACUCCGAGCCACUAGCACCAGCAGUCCUUGCCAAAUACUUCUUCGAGGUGUACGACUUGCUCCCUCAACUUGCGACAGAGUACGAUCCACAAAAGUUGCCCAUCGAUCGAGGGCCACGAUUGCUUCAACUCUGGGCGUUACUCGCUUUUCACGUCUUCAUUCGGGAAAAGGUUGAUGUCACCAUUCUCGAGACUCAUAACGGCGGCGAAUACGAUGCUACAAAUGUUAUCAAGAGCCCUUUAGUGACAGCUGUCACGACACUCGGAAUGGACCACAUUGAUAUGCUGGGCCCUACUAUUGAGAACAUUGCCUGGCACAAGUCUGGAAUCUACAAGACCGGAGCGGUGGCUCUGUCGACCAUGCAGGAUCCCCAGCCUGCCGCGAUUCUGGAUGAAAGGGCUGCCGCAAAAGGUCAGCAGAUCACAUUCGUGGGCAUUGACGAUGUUCGCUUACCGAGAGACUCGCUCAAGCUGGAGCCUUCUGUUCGAAGAAAGAAUGCAUCUUUGGCGGUUGCAAUAUCCGAACAAUUUCUAGAAAAAAGUUUGGGCUCUGGCCGAUCAGAGGUAGGGUUGACUGCCAAUGACAUUGCCGCUGGCAUUGAGCAAUUUGCGUGGCCUGGUCGCUUCCAGAUCGUUCGUGAUGCUGACAGCACAUGGUUUCUGGACUCUGCGCAUAACGACAUGAGUGUGGCCAUCGCAGCACAGUGGUUCGCGGACGCCGGUCAGAGGAUGCAGCAGAGUGACGCCGACCCUGUACGCAUCCUGAUAUUCAGCCACAUCAAUGAGCUUCGUGAUACGGCCGCACUACUGGAGAACCUCGCGAUCGCGCUGAGAGAUUCGAGUGCGUCUAUCAGCCAUGUGAUAUUCAGCACCUAUGCCGAGUCACAGGAGCCAACGAGCAGGACGACCACCGAGGAUUCUGGCCUGUUUCACGAAGUAUGGACCAAGAUUCUGCCAGAUACACAAAUCUGGGACGAGCCCUUCAUUCAGAAAGCAAUGGAACGCGCAAAGGUACUGGGCAAUCAGGAUGGCAGAGGGAUGCAGACACUCAUUACCGGCAGUCAGCAUUUGGUCGGUCCCGCGUUGCGUGUGCUUCAAUCAGGUAGCGCUGAAAUAUGA